AUGCAGAGAGGCAGGUGGCUUAUACUAAAGUCCCACUCUACACACCCUACUCUACUCUACACACCCUGCUCCACUCCACACACCCUGCUCUACUCUACACAUCCUACUCUACUCCACACACCCUGCUCUACUCUACACACCCUACUCUGCAAUAACACAGGCUGCUGUGUUCGUCUACAUGCAGAGAGGCAGGUGGCUUAUACUAAAGUCCCACUCUACACACCCUGCUCUGCUCUACAAACCCUGCUCUACUCUACACACCCUACUCUACACACCCUACUCUACUCUACACACCCUGCUCUACUCUACACACCCUGCUCUGCAAUAACACAGGCUGCUGUGUUCGUCUACAUGCAGAGAGGCAGGUGGCUUAUACUAAAGUCCCACUCUACACACCCUGCUCUACUCUACACACCCUGCUCUACUCUACACACCCUACUCUACUCUACACACCCUACUCUACUCUACACACCCUGCUCUACUCUACACACCCUACUCUACUCUACACACCCUGCUCUACUCCACACACCCUACUCUACACACCCUACUCUACUCUACACACCCUGCUCUACUCCACACACCCUACUCUACACACCCUGCUCUACUCUACACACCCUGCUCUACUCCACACACCCUGCUCUACACACCCUGCUCUACUCUACACACCCUGCUCUACUCUACACACCCUGCUCUACUCUACACACCCUGCUCUACUCUACACACCCUGCUCUACUCUACACACCCUACUCUACUCCACACACCCUACUCUACUCUACACACCCUACUCUACUCCACACACACCCUACUCUACACACCCUACUCUACUCUACACACCCUACUCUACUCUACACACCCUACUCUACUCCACACACACCCUACUCUACACACCCUGCUCUACUCUACACACCCUGCUCUACUCUACACACCCUACUCUACUCCACACACCCUACUCUACUCCACACACCCUACUCUACUCCACACACACCCUACUCUACUCCACACACACCCUACUCUACUCCACACACACCCUACUUCAUACACCCUGCUCCACACAUCCUAACCACACACCCUACUCUACUCUACACACCCUACUCUACUCUACACACCCUACUCUACUCCACACAACCUACUUCAUACACCCUACUUCAUACACCCUGCUCCACACAUCCUAACCAUACACCCUGCUCCACACACCCUACUUCAUACACCCUACUCCAGAUCCUUCUCCAAGGCUACAAGUCCCCUGUCCUUCAUUCCACACGGUGUCACACUAGACUAUGGGUCAUGAGUGUACGGCAGCUGUAUGCUGUGUUUGUACAUUCUGUAGCUAGUACUGUACACCUAUUGGUUUAG